AGCUUCAAAAAACUAGAGAACUUACUAAUACCUCAACGUGUGAUUGGUCAAGUUCUUGGCAGACGACGGGAAAAGUUGCGAACUAUCCAAACUACAAUCGGUGUUGAACUUAAAGUUAUCAACGACACCUUCUACAUCAAAAGAGCGACUAAAAAGAAAGAGAAACAAGCGGAACGCCAACUAAAAGAGGCGGCGGUAUGUCUUAAUUCUAAAGUGAUUAAAAAUACGGUAGAAAGGAAAACAAAAACUUGGAACUAGUAGAAUAGCUUCGUAUCGCGUUUUACCACGCACGAAUCAAACCUGUCACUGAAGAGAGGAUAAGUGCCUUUAUCCUCUCUUGAACCUGUCUUGCAACAAAUCGGGUCGUUGCAGGUUGCGAAAAGUUAUCCAAGCCGUUUCGUCCCUCAUCGUCGGUAAGUUAUAUAAUAGUAUAGAUUUAAAAUCAUAGCUGACAAGCACUCGCAGAAUUGUAACUUUGAGUACAAAUCUAUCUCAACUAUUGACCUUCAAUUUCUAGUUAAUUGUAUGUAAUAUCUUUAUUUUUUUUUUGAUCCAUCAGAACCUCGCAUUGAAACAGUUACAGAGGACCACGCGUUUCACGAAGUUUGUUUAUGUAGACAUGGCCCAGCUGACAGAGAAUCAUGAGUUUAAGCUGACCAUUGCACCACCGCGCAGAACAAAUGGCAGCUUGGGAGAAAAUUCUUACAAACUUGAACUUCUGGAUCAUCCUUUGAAAGAGGUACCUUUUUUAUUGUCAUUAAAUUUAUUUAGUGUAAUAUUUGCACUGCAAGUUAUGGGAGGGAACCGCGACUGCCCAGACAUUCAAACGACAAACGAGGAGGGAGGGGCAAAACUUUGAAGUCACCUCCACUGAACUCCGUUGAACUGGCCAAGACCCGGACAAAAACCGAGCAAUUCUAAGCAAGGGUCGCGAUGCAUCAUGGCACUAGCGCGCAGGCUCGACAUGACAGAAUUUAAGUAAGAUUCCUAUUUCCGUUACGGGCUUAUUAUCAUGUAUCAGAGAAAAUAGUUUAGAUAGCAGCCGAAACAGGAGCCAAAAACAUUGUAGAGUUUUAUCCCUUCGCUAAUUCGUUACAGUUUGACGAGCCAUUUAGCACAACAAACCGUUAUUUUAGUUAUUAAUAGUUACAAACCGAAAAUUUUAAAUAUUAUAGACCAUGAAUUUUAUAUUUGAACAGGAAACAUAUCUUGGAUUUGCAAACGUAGACAGAAUAAAGGAAAAAGUUGUUGAAGUUUUAAGGCAAAUUCAUGGAGAGAAGAGGGAAGAAGAAGUCAUGGUUGACAUGUGGUGUCAUUUUGGUCACGCCUAUAUUACCAAGAUUGAUGAGGGUGAGAGUCUAGAACGUUUCUACAAAAAUACAUUUAAAAAACCGCAUCUAGGAACCUGAGGCUUUAAAAACGUGUGCACACCCUGUUGCAUGUUGUUGCCUACGCGUGUUGUUGGGACCGGAGUACUUGCGCAAAGUUUGAAAUCGGUCAAAUGUUUGAGCCAGCAACUUGCAACCCGCGCAUUUCUUUUGUUCCGUGAUCGCUGUAGCGUAGCGCAACAAUGUUGGAUCCGUUUGCAGAGCUUUUCCAAUAUUCUUGAGGCCUCGCACGCGUAUUAGACGUAGUUUACAUGGUCUCAUGGGUUGCAUCCUUCCCACGAUGCACUGAAGGUCCCAGCAUUGUUGGGAAUUGUUGCAUCCGUUUGCGCACCACUGCCAACACGGACGUAACAACUCCCAACAUUGUUGGCCCAACAAUGUUGGAGGUUGUCGCAUCCGUUUGCACGUAGCUUUACAAAAGGAUUUUUAGUGCGAUGGUUGGCGAUGACUGAAACACUUUUUUGUUUCUUUUACAGACGAAUUAGAGGAAACAUUUACGCUGAAAGAAGUACAAGAAAAACUUGAGAUUGAAACUAGCAGAACUUGGAAGUACCUUUUCAUCGAGGUCGUUGAAGACAUGGAGGUUGAAGGAAUUGAAAAGCAUCUCCCAUCUAAAGCUUCAAAAGAGGACAUUAGACAUGAUUUCACCUUUUAUACCCCUUCCUGUAGGGAUGUUCGUGUUAAGGUAUUGCAUGGUUUCUAA